UCGGCCGUCCCGUCCGCCCGGUCUCUUGCGGCCUUUCCCCGCCGGCGCGGCCUUUUCCCCGACGCGGACCCAGCAUGGCGAACGUGGCCGACACCAAGCUCUACGACAUCCUCGGGGUGCCGCCGGGGGCCUCCGACAACGAGCUCAAGAAGGCAUAUCGGAAGCUUGCCAAAGAGUACCACCCUGAUAAGAAUCCAAAUGCAGGUGACAAGUUCAAAGAAAUAAGCUUUGCCUAUGAGGUUCUCUCAAAUCCAGAGAAACGUGAAUUAUAUGACCGGUAUGGGGAACAGGGCCUCCGGGAAGGUAGCGGUGGAAGCGGAGGAAUGGAUGACAUUUUCUCCCACAUAUUUGGUGGGGGGCUGUUCGGUUUCAUGGGUAGUCAGAGUAGAAGUCGCAACGGCAGAAGAAGAGGCGAAGACAUGAUGCAUCCGCUGAAAGUUUCGCUAGAAGAUCUAUAUAACGGAAAGACUACCAAACUACAACUUAGCAAGAAUGUCCUUUGUAGUUCGUGUAAUGGUCAAGGGGGUAAAUCUGGAGCGGUUCAGAAGUGUACGGCUUGCCGAGGCAGAGGCGUGCGUAUCAUGAUCAGACAGCUGGCUCCUGGAAUGGUUCAGCAGAUGCAGUCGGUGUGUUCCGACUGCAAUGGAGAAGGGGAAGUAAUUAAUGAAAAAGACCGCUGUAAAAAAUGCGAAGGGAAGAAGGUGAUCAAAGAAGUGAAGAUCCUUGAAGUCCAUGUAGAUAAAGGCAUGAAGCACGGUCAGAGGAUCACCUUUACCGGAGAAGCGGAUCAAGCCCCAGGAGUAGAGCCGGGAGACAUCGUUCUCCUGCUCCAAGAAAAGGAGCACGAGAUAUUCCAGAGAGACGGGAACGACUUGCACAUGACACACAAGAUAGGACUCGUUGAAGCACUGUGCGGCUUCCAGUUCUCGUUUAAGCACCUUGAUGGACGUCAGAUUGUGGUGAAAUACCCUCCGGGGAAAGUAAUUGAACCAGGCUGUGUUCGUGUUGUUCGAGGGGAAGGGAUGCCACAGUACCGCAAUCCCUUUGAAAAGGGGGACCUUUAUAUAAAAUUUGAUGUGCAGUUUCCUGAAAACAACUGGAUUAGCCCAGAAAAACUUACAGAACUUGAAGAUCUUCUGCCUGCCAGACCAGAAGUUCCCAAUAUAAUUAGCGAGGCAGAAGAGGUAGAUCUCCAAGAAUUCGAUACCACUCGUGGUUCAGGUGGCAGCCAGAGACGUGAAGCUUACAAUGAUAGCUCGGAUGAGGAAAGCGGCCAUCACGGACCUGGGGUUCAGUGUGCCCAUCAGUAAAAAAAGAAAAAAAAAGAGUUUUGUCUUGGGCAGGGGGGAAGUUACACAUGGAUUUUUUCUCUUCAGAUUUUGCCUGACUUGUUUUCAGCAAUCCUGUUGGAUUGUAUAAAAAUAAAA